UAUCCCUGUUUCUGUCCCAUGGUUCCCCUGGGGUUCUGCAUGGAAUGUUGGGCUGUGCCCAUAGCAACUGCCCUUGUCUGCUGCUCCUGCGGCCGUUGGUGGAACACUGGUGGAGCAGCACUGGAGCAGCAGCUGCAGCAUCUGCUCCUGGCUGUCCCUCAGCAGCCACCUUCUGCACUCAGCGCCAUAGCUGGCCUCUGCAGCGACAUCCUCAUCUCCUCGUCUGCCGCCAGGCAUCCCCACAGCACUUUGGCACUGUGCAAGGUGGAAAGGAGAGGCACAAUGAAAAGGAAAGUGAGAGCCCACACUGAGCCACACAUCAAUGUUGGCAGUGACUUUCAGGCCGAGCUCCCCGAGCUGCAGACCGGGCCGCCAAGUGAGGCUGAAGAGCCUGCAACCCUGGUCUGGAAGCCCUUGGAGGAAGACGACCCUGACCUGGAUAAACCGGACAGAGUCAGAGAACUGUUGGACAUGGCCAGCUCCCGUGGCCUUCCCGGGGCAGCAGCUCAGCUGGAGCUCGCCCUGCACUGCCUGCACCAGGCUCGCGGCAGCGUUCCGGAGGCUCUGGAGAUGUUGCUCUCGGGGGGGCCUUCAACAGCUCAAGGCCAUCCCUUGGCUGAUUAUCAUUACGCAGGCUCUGAUAGAUGGACACCUGAGGAGAAGGAGGCCUUCCAAAAGGCUUUCCACACCUACGGCAAGGAUUUCCAUCUCAUCCAGAAGCAGGUAAAGCCACAGGACAUUCCUCACCUUGGCAGAUCAUCAGAAGGACAAGUUGACUAUUGUGGUACCAAAUACUGCACCUAUGUCCCUCUUUUCUCAAGUACCAAAACUGUUAAAGCAGUCACAGAACAGGACAUGGAAGGCCUGCGUGAAAAUGGUGAUCCGGCCUCUGCAGCCCUUCUCUCCAGGCUGUUUUGGAAGACAAAGCUCUGUUCUGUUAAACUUGUCUCCCAGGUGUGCUGCUGCUUCCACAACACCUUGUGCUGGGAUAACUGCAGUGAACGGGGCAAAGAAGAACUCUGCUAGAGGGACUUGGUGUUGAUCUGUGCAUUAUAUGUGUUACCACGUAGCAUAAAACUCAGUUUAUUACAUUGCAUAAUGCCUCUCUGACUCCUGCAUAUUGAUUUCAUUUUACACCCUCCUCAAUUUUCUCCGUGACUUUAAUUCCUACUUUACUCUGUAAUCUCGUUGUUCUCCAAUGCACCCUACAGGACGGCUGUUUCAGAUUCCUUCUUUUUCUCUUC